AAAAUAUUUAGAGUGACAGCUUGGAUCUCUAGGUAGCGGGAGGUUUUCUCAGUCGUUUCGUUUUUCUCUGCGUCGGCGUUUGGAUUUGGGUCGGAUUUGUUUGGGAUUUCAAGUAUGAUUUCGGAUCCGAGAUUGGUCCACUACGCCUGCGUUGCCAAAGACGCCACCGUGGUCGCCGAGUUGAACUCGAAUGACGCCGAUCUCGGAGCUCUGGCGGUCGGAUGUCUCGAGAAAACGCCGCCGUUUCAUUCAAUUUACACGCACACCGUCCGCCGGCGCACGUACACCUUCCUGAUUGAGAGCCCGUUCGUCUACUUCGCGGUUUUCGACGAGAAGCUGGAUAAAUACGACGGCGUGGACUUCCUCAAGGCCGUCAAGGAGGGCUUCGAAGCCUUCGUCGGGGGGAGAUCGGCGAAGAAGUGCGACUCGCAUUGUUUCCAGGGAGAAUUCAAUCCGGUUUUCCAUAACCUGCUCGCUUCGAUGGCGGAAACUGAGGAGCCUCCUCCGCUUUCGCCGAGGCAAAUGAGCCACGAGAGCAGCGGCAGUAUGGAAUCUCUUUGCGGGUACAGAACUGGCACGACGCCAUUGUUCAACGAGACUACAAAUUACUUGAAGAAGAAGAAAAAGAAGAGGCUUCUGGAUGGGGAGAACGAUGAUGCCUCAGAAUUGAGGCGGGAGUUCUCGGUGCCAAUGCACAAAAACGCCGCGUUUUCAGGCGAAUUGGGGCACCAGAGGGCGAAGAGAGUUUGGAAGAGACAUGUGUGGGUGGUUCUGGCGGUGGACCUGAUCGUCUGCAUCAUUUUAUUCAUAAUCUGGCUUUGGGUUUGCAGGGGUUUGAAGUGCAUCGAUGGUUGAACAUAUUUUUGAUUGAUCUCAAUCGUUUUUUUCAUCUUGCAUUGGUUGAACAUGAUUUUUUCCAAUGCAGAGAGUUGUGUUUGCUGAAUCUUGAUGGAUUACCCCCAUACAACCUUUUUCUUAUAUGAUGCUGGAUCUUGUGACUUGUGAGCACAUAUAAUUGGAUUUAUUAUAUGUAAUAUCAUCAUCAUUGAGACUGCAGUUGCAGAUCUAUGUAAUUGUAAUUCCACAUUGUAUGAACUUAAUUUAAUGACACUUUUGAGUGCAAAA